AGGAUAAAGGGAGCGGUUACUGCCUGCCUGCAAACCGUUACUUCCCCAGCCUUGUUACAGAAGACCCUUGUCCGUGAGCGUUGGAGAUGGAGGGCAGAGGGUUUGAGCAUAACGUUGGUACUGAUGGGAGGGAGGUCAUGGAGCAGGUCACGAUGCCAGGUAUAGUAACAAAGAAAAUGCUAGUCAUGUCAAGUAUGAUAUGUGGAGGCAUCGCUUUUCUUCUGUGGGCAAUGUUAAGAUUCCCUAGAAAAUUUAAAAAGCCAAAGUUAUGGAAUUACCAUACAUGCUCUGAGGGUGAAGCUGUAUGCCCACAAGACUGGAACCACAUCAGAAAUAAUUGCUUCUUUCAAUCUGAACAUGAAAAAACUUGGAUGGAUAGCCAAGAAGCCUGCAUAGUCUAUCAUGGAUCUCUGGCCAUAUUCAACUCCAGGAAUCAAGUGGAAACUUUGAUGCCCCUUUUGGGAACUUCUUCAUAUUGGAUUGGACUGAAAAAGCUCAAUGCAAGAACACCCUGGAGGUGGAUAAAUGGAGAUACAUUUAGCUAUUGGUUCAAGAUUGGAGGAAGUGGAAUGUGUGCCUUCAUGUUUCAAAAGAGCAUAAGCGGUGCCAGUUGCAAUAAUACAAUGAAAUAUAUAUGUAGCAGAGGACCCCUUUGUUUUAGAUAAAGGGUCCCUCUGUAAUAGAGCAAAUAAAGUAAUUAAAGAAAAACUUC